CGUGCUGCCCGUUACUCACUCAGAGGAGCGAGGACAAGGCCAGUGAGAUGUUUUGUGGCCCACCAUGCAGAACCAUCACGCUGGAGUGGUGCUAUCUCACCCCUCUAUCAAUCUUACUCUAGCCUUGAUCCAGAAGAAACUCAGCCCUCCGAGUCCAGAGCUUUGAAGACAGCGGAUAUAACUAUCAGUUCUCCUUUCCUGUUAAGAAUUUUCUCAACCUCUGUAGUCACUGGAGUGCCAUUUCUAUGCUGACCGACGCUCCACCCGGACAAUCUCAGACAAACCAUGUACACAGGCAUCACAGGUCAUCGUUCGAUGCAAAGAAAUUGCUGACCCUUUGGACCCUGCUCGGUGGUGCUGUUGCUGUUCUUCUUUGGGGUUUUAUCAGUUUUCCUAAAAAAUUCACAUUUACAAGAUUAGGCAAAAACAAGACCUGCGAUGAUGAAAUAAAGAUGUGCUCUGGUGAAUGGCACAAAUUACGUCGGAACUGCUUCUCUUCUACCCAACAUAAAAAUUCAUGGCUCACUGCCAAGGACCUCUGCAAACUCCAUGAUGGAACUCUGGCUGUGCUCAACGACAAAUCUGAAAUGGAAAUGUUGAUGAAGAAAAUACCUGAGAGGCAAACAUAUUGGAUUGGACUGCACAGACGAAAUUUAUUCGGAACCUGGGUUUGGACAAAUGGAAGUAAAUACAACGAUUUGUUUGACAUCCAAGAUCAUGGUCAGUGUGCCUUCGUGCAUAAAAAUGGCAUAGACAGUACCCAAUGUGAUGAUGAUAAAGGAUUUAUUUGUACUAGAGAAGGCCUGUGCCCUUGAAGAUUUCUUCCAUCCAAAAAAAGACACGAAGAGCAGUGCCUCGUUUUGUCUGUGAUGUGUAUUCCUUCCCAUUGACAUCACUUUAAAUCUAAUUUGGCUGAUAGACAUUUACACGAAUUUUAUCUUCAUUGAAAUAGUUGCUACAAAGCCUAGCAGUUAAACUAAGUUUGAUGUGGUACUGCUUGGGCAUCAAGGUUGGUACAUUUGAAGCUAUGGUCAUGAAGGGCCUUGCUCAGAAGUGAUCCAUCUCAGUGGAGCACACUGGAGGGCAUAAAGAAUAAAGAGGAAGAUCCAUCUGCUUGUCUAAAAUUCAGUGACUUCUUCAGGAAAGAAAAGCAAGAGCUGCAGGACAGGGUGAGCAUAAGAAAUGCUUUGCUUGCCCUCAAAUAAUACAUGAUUCAUGUGGAACUGUGAAGGAAGGCCUAAAGGGGAAACUCUUCUUAUCGAGGACCCUGUGUCACCACUGAAGGCCAGGCAACUCUCCACAGACCUCUGCCAAACUGAAAGACUUAAGAGAGCCUGCAUGUGUUAUUGCCAUAGUUGCUGAAAGAGUAAAGGAUGAAAAUUUUGUGAUGAGUCAGGAUGAGCAGAAUGUGAGCACCUGAAGGUAGAGAGGAACAUGAGGGAAGAAGCUUUGUGACCAUGAAGAAUCCAUGGAGAUGGGCCUAAAUUCCAAAAGCUGUUUCGCUCAGAUUCUGGAUAACACUGAAAUAGUCUUGGAGAGAGGGAGGUACAGACAUUAACACUGGUCAUCAUUUAAAAAAUCUCUUCAACUACCACAGGUCUUUUCUCAUAUGUGAUCUUAGUGUUUCCAUUUUACAUGUGUGUGCAAGCAUGGAGGGAUACAGGUUGUGAACAAGAAAGUGGGCUACGUGGAGAAGAGAGGAGAAGAGUUCUGAAGGAAGAAGAAAAGGUACUAGACUACAUGUGACACAAACCAGGAGACCCUGAAACCUAUGCUGUUCUAGAUAACUUCCAGCUACUGUUCUUCAAAUGGAGGGCAAGGAUCUCGCAGCGUUUAGACAACUUAGUGGCUUAAAGAGUUGUCAUUAGGUCCUGAGUUUGUAUUGUGGAAGCUUAAAUAGAAACCAACUUGAGGAAGACAGGAACUGCUUGAGGUCAAGGAGGGAGACUCUAUUAGAGCAGUUUCCAUUGGGGACUCUUGUUUCUUCCAUUCAUUCUUAGUCAGGAAUUCCUGGCUCAACCUUUAUCCUUUGUGACAAUUGAUCAAUUUCCUUAAUCCCAGUGUGGUAUCUUCUAUAAAUAAUUAUAAUGGGAA